UGAUUGGCUGCAUCGACGUCACAACGUUGAACAACGGCGCGGUGGGUCACGUGACAGCAUCUGCUGCUGCUGGCUGAGCGAAGCGUGUUAGCAGAUUUUUCUAUUUUGUACAUACAUUGUUUUGUAUAUACUGUAUAUGAUGACUUCAGUGGUCAGCAAUCAAGCCCGGGGGACUCGGGACAGACCACUGCCCACUACCACACAAACAACACAGCCACAGAAACAGAUACAGGCCACAGCAGAACAGAUUCGUUUAGCCCAAGUGAUCUACGACAAAAGUGAUGCUGACUUUGAAGAUAAGGUCAAACAGUUGAUCGAGGUAACUGGAAAGACCCAAGAUGAGUGCAUGGUAGCCCUCCAUGACUGCAACGAAGAUGUAAACAGAGCCAUCAAUUUUCUGCUGGAGAGCACCUCUGACACGCAGAACUCCUGGGAGACUGUGGGGAAGAAGCGUAGCCUUGGCAAAGAAGGACCCUCUGAGAUAAAGGAGAGUAGGGAGAAGAAAGGAGGAGAGAGGGAGGCCAGUCGUGGACGUGGGGGAUCCAACAGGAGGGGCAGAGGCAUCAGCCGAGGGCGUGAAGGUCGGCCAGAAGAGAAUGGAUUUGAAGUGGCUCCUGGAGAGAGAGGGGGAGACCGUGGACGUCGGGGACGGGGCAGAGGGGCAGGAGGUCGUGGCAGAGGACGAGCAGCUGCUGGUAACAGGUUCUCUUCGCAGGGAAUGGGCACCUUCAAUCCUGCUGACUACACUGCUAACUCUGGAGCUCGCCAGGAGGCAUGGGAAGGGGAUGGUAACGAACCUGCUGAGAGAACUGGAAACUGGGGAGGCAACAUGGAAGACUGGGCUUCAGAAGACUGGAAUGAGGAUUUGUCUGAGACCAAAGUAUUCACUGCCUCUUCUGCUCCAACAAAUCAUGUCACACCUGGACACAGUGUGGAUUUGGCAAGCCUACUGCCGAAGACAGGAGUGGCUUCUAUGGACUCUGACUUGGGGGCGAUAGUCGAUGGCCCCUCAGCAGAGGAUUUGGGCCCAAGCUUGGUGUUUACCAAUUCCCACCACAAUGGACGCACUGCAACACACAGCUAUGCGCAUGCCACAGCCAACAGCUACGCCCAUGCUGCCUCUGCUAGUACCACCUACGCGCAUGCUGCACUGUCUUCAGUCCUAGGUUCUGGUUUUGGGUCCCUGAAUGCACCUAAGCAAACAAUUAAUCCUGACAUUCGGACAUCAGAGCAACUCAACGGCCCUCGGCUGGGUCAGAGAGCCAGUCAGAUGUUGGCCACCACUACCAACAACACUGUUUCCAAAGAUGCUGGGCAACCUCCAAUGCAAAGUCCUGCACCUGCCCCGUCUCCCUCUGCAGAACUUAAGGUUCAGAGAAUGGACAAUGGCCCCGUCACUGCCCAGCACUUGGAAAUAAAGCUUCAGCCAGAGCCAUCAGCGGUGCUCAGCCAGCUGGCCCAGAGGCAACAGCAGUCCUCCAUCCUUUCCACCACAGAGCCUCAGGGCCUCUCUCAGUCACAUGCUCCACAGGUCCCCACACCGCCAGGUCACGAGUCCUCUGUCCCUCCAGUAAGAGAUGGAGCCUCUCCGGGGGUGAAGCUGCCCGGACUGGAUCCUCCGAUUACAGAGCCCCCUCAACGGCAACUAAAGACACAGCGACGCAAAGCACCUCCUCCUUCAAAAAUUCCAUCGUCAGCAGUGGAGAUGCCGGGCUCAGCAGAUAUACCUGGUCUCAACGUUCAGUUCGGAGCUCUUGACUUCGGGUCUGAGGCUGGUAGUGGGGCAGUAGACAUGGCGCAGACUGAGUCGGCCAGAGAACGCACCACGACUCAGGCCCCGGGAACCAUGUCUGUUCCUACUGCUGUUCCCACGCAGCAGCCACAGAGCAGCCUGUUCUCCAAGCCAGGACCUGUGAGUGAACACAUGAGCAGCAUACCCACCUUACCGUCAGCCGUUUCAGAUUCCAACUUCCCUUCACCAUCUUUGGGUCUACCAAGUGCCACGCAAUCGCCCUCCCUUGGUCUUCCCAGUGCAGGUGCUCCACCUUCUUCUGCAGCCCCGACCACAGCCAACCUUGUGGAAAGCAGUGGCUCAAGGACCCUGCCGCCUCAUCUUGGCUUCUCUCAGAGCAAAGACAUCCCAUCAGCUGCUGGUGGACCACUGACGAAUGGCUACGGUGGCAUGAAGAUGCCAAGCACACAGGACACUACAUCAUCACCCAGAACAGUCAAAACGGAGUCUCCCGUUAUGACGAGUGACAGUGGCCCCGGCCACCACAUCCCUUCCCCUGCAGUUACACCAUCUCAUACAACACCAGUCCCCUCCCUCAACAGUCACGUGAGCAGUAAUCACUCAUCUGGUUCAGCCCUCCCCACAAGCUCCUCCCUGACGUUAAGUAAUGAUGACAGCAGCAGCGGCAACCUUCAUGCUUUUUCAUCUUCGUCAUCCAGCCAAGUUGUCAAUCCCAGUCCUUCAGUUCCUCCAGUUAUCAGUAGCUCAGCCACCAAUGGUCUGCACCCAGCUGGAGCACCAGGACUAACUCCUAAUGGCACGAAUGCCACACUCUCAGCUGCGGGCAGUCGCACAGCGCCUCUGCUCACCACCACCUCCGGUAAAGCUCCUCCCAACUUGGCCCAAGGAGUACCUCCUCUCCUGGCCAACCAGUACAUUAUGGGCCCUGGUGGCUUGCUUCCUGCUUACCCGCAAAUCUAUGGAUACGAGGACUUGCAGAUGCUACAGUCGCGCCUUCCUUUGGACUACUAUGGUGUAACAUUCCCUGGUACUACUGCUCCUAUGCCUGGAAGAGAUGCCUUGGCCAAUAAUCCAUAUUCCGGUGAGGCAACAAAGUUUGGCAGGAACGACUCUUCGUCUCCAGCUCCCCCAACAAGCCUGUCUGCAGCUGGGGUGCAGUCACAGCCCCAGCAAACGCCUCAGACUGGAACACAAGGCCAGGGGCAGGGGCAGAGCCAGGGGCAGCAGACGCAGAACCAGGCCUUCCUCAACCCUCCUCUCCCUCCUGGCUAUGGAUACACUGGUCUGCCGUACUACGCCGGUAUGCCCGGGGUUCCCUCAGCCUUCCAGUACGGCCCCGUGUUCGUCCCUCCUGCUUCAGCCAAGCAGCCAGCGAUGGGCCUGGCCAACCCCUCCAACCAGUACCACCAACAGCAUCAGCCCAAUUAUGGACAGCAUGCGUACGGCACAGCCUUUGAUGACCUGUCUCAAGCCCACGGUGGGGAAUACAGUAAGGCAGGGUACGGAGGCUCUGCUCAAUCUCAGGCCAAGUCAGCAGGCAGCGGCCCAGGGAAAGCGCCAGGAUUGUCAGGAUCGGGUACGAGUGGUGGAGUACCUGAGAUGGGAGGUUCGAUCUACAGCAAAACACAGUCAUUUGACAAACAGGGCUUCCACACGGGGACACCACCUCCCUUCAGUCUGCCUUCAGCUCUGGGAGGAACGGGCCCCCUGAACCCUGGGGGUGCACCCGGCUAUGCCCCUGCUCAGUUCCUGCACAUCCUGCCUCCACACCAACAGCCCCACUCCCAGCUGAUGCACCAUCAUCUCACACAGGACGGACAGGGUGGUCCUGGUCAGCGCAGUCAGUCCAGCGGCAUGCAGCAAAAAACCCAAGGCAGCAAGUCCAGCUACGGCAGCUCCCCAUACUGGGCAAACUGAGGAAUGAAUCCCAUUCUCCCCCCCUCCCUCCCCCAAAAGGCUGUGUGUGCGUGUGUGUAAAGCUAAAACAAAAAAGCAAAUGGAAAGACACACUACCCUCACAAUGAGCAACCUUGGGCCCCGUCGCCCUGCUCUCCCCCACCUCCACAAGUCCUCAUAAGUCUUUUGGGUUCUCUCUUCCCCCCCUUUUCAAAAUUGGUUGUACAUGUAAGAUAUUUAUGUAUGUAUUUAUAUAUAUAAAUAUAUAUAUACUGUAUAUGUAAUAGUAGAACAUGAAAUGUGGUUGCUGCAUUUUAUUUUUGAAGGACUUUUUGUUUACUUUUUUCAAAACUGCAGGAAACGAUGUUACAUUAAGACAGAAUGACAUGAUGGUGAGAAAGUGGAAAAGAUAAACGAUCACAAACUUGGAAGAAAUCAGAAAAAGGAAAAAGAGAGCUAAAGCACUGAUUGCAUAUGAGGACACUUAAGAUGGGGGUGGGGUUUAUAAUGACUAACUGCAUCUGUCUCCUCUUUUUUUUUUUCUUCUUUUCUUUUUAUACAUGACUUCCUGAGUGACCAGGCUCAUUCCCCCCCUUAAUCUUCAUUUUGUAGCUUCCUGUCUUUCCCCUCCCACCUCUCUCAUCGCAUCUUCUGGAGGGCUGCCUCGUCUCCCCGUCAACAUUUACCCCUUUUAACGACAGACCUGCCUAUCUAAAUUUUUAUAUUUUAAUUUAAUUUUAACCCUCAUUUCUCUCAAAAUAAAGUUCUGAGCAGUUGGAA